GGAGGCGGUUGGAGGGAGGCCGGAUUCGCCUUUGUUCGGGUUCGCCAUUUUGCGAGGCAGCGGCAGUGGCGGCGGCAGCGGCGGCUGGGGCCUCUGAUUGGGUUUCGGAGUCCGGUAGUGGAGCCAAUCAGCGCGGGCAGCGAACCGGGGGAGCGAGGCACGGCACACACCACCUCCCACCUUCGAGGGUCUCAGCGGGAAGCUUGCUGCGUGCAGGACUGACGUGGAAGUACAAUGGAGCAGUACACAGCCAGUAGCAAUAGCUCCACGGAGCAGAUUGUCGUGCAGGCCGGACAGAUCCAGCAGCAGCAGCAGGGUGGUGUCACUGCUGUCCAGUUGCAGACUGAGGCCCAGGUGGCAUCCGCCUCAGGCCAGCAAGUCCAGACCCUCCAGGUCCAAGGGCAACCCUUAAUGGUACAAGUCAGUGGAGGCCAGUUAAUCACCUCCACUGGCCAGCCCAUCAUGGUCCAGGCUGUCCCCGGAGGACAGGGUCAAACCAUCAUGCAGGUGCCUGUAUCCGGGACACAGAGUCUGCAGCAGAUCCAGCUGGUCCCGCCCGGCCAGAUCCAGAUCCAGGGCGGGCAGGCCGUGCAGGUGCAGGGCCAGCAGGGCCAGACCCAGCAGAUCAUCAUCCAGCAGCCCCAGACGGCGGUCACAGCCGGCCAGACACAGACACAGCAGCAGAUCGCCGUGCAGGGGCAGCAGGUGGCGCAGACCGCCGAAGGGCAGACCAUCGUCUAUCAGCCGGUCAACGCAGACGGCACCAUUCUGCAGCAAGUCACAGUCCCUGUUUCAGGCAUGAUCACCAUCCCAGCAGCCAGUCUGGCAGGAGCGCAGAUUGUACAGACAGGAGCCAACACCAACACAACCAGCAGUGGCCAAGGAACUGUCACCGUGACACUGCCAGUGGCCGGCAACGUGGUCAACUCGGGAGGAAUGGUCAUGAUGGUACCUGGAGCUGGCUCGGUGCCUGCUAUCCAAAGAAUCCCACUGCCUGGGGCAGAGAUGCUGGAGGAGGAGCCCCUCUAUGUGAACGCCAAGCAGUACCACCGCAUCCUUAAGAGGAGGCAGGCCCGGGCCAAACUAGAGGCAGAAGGGAAGAUUCCAAAGGAAAGAAGGAAAUACCUGCACGAGUCCCGGCACCGUCAUGCCAUGGCCCGGAAGCGAGGUGAAGGUGGACGCUUCUUCUCUCCCAAGGAAAAGGACAGUCCCCACAUGCAGGAUCCAAACCAGGCCGACGAAGAAGCAAUGACACAGAUCAUCCGAGUGUCCUAACCCCGCUCAGGCGAUACAGUGGAGCUGAUCAAGGUCGUGUUCCUUGCCUUUCCCGCUG